AUGCUUUCCCACGACUCCGAGAUCAUCAUCGUUGGAGGUGGUGUUUUCGGCCUGAGCAGCGCUUUAUGGCUCGCGCGCGGUGGCUACAGAAACAUCACCAUCUUCGACCGAUGUGCCUUUGACAAGAACGGAUAUGACCCUUCAAGGGGCUGCGAUGGCGCUUCGGCAGAUAUCAACAAGGUCUUUCGCAUGGCUUACGCUGAGAGGACAGACUAUCAAGACCUGGCCAUCGAGGCGAGAAAUUUCUGGCUCUCGUGGAACAAGGCAAUCACCGAGGCCAACAGUACCGAUCUUCCAGAGGGUUUGACUCCAGAAGACAAGCUCUUCUACAUCUGCGGAUCAUAUUUCCUCGCCGAGGGUCCAGAGCUGCGCGACUACUAUGCAGACAGUCUGAAGACGAUGGAGAAGACGGCGCCAGAAUUCCGCAAGAUGCAAUUUGGAAACACCCAAGACGAGAAAAGGCUGGGGCAAAUUGAUUCCAAGUGGGUUGAAAAGUAUCACAUCAUUGACAGGAUCAACGGCGGGAACACCAAUGGCUUCAUCGACAUCCAGGGAGGCAUUACCAUCGCUGACAAGGCUUGCAUCUAUGCAAAGUUCCUCUGUGAGCAAGUCGGAGUCAAGUUCGUCCUGGGCAAUCCCCAGGGCAAGCUCUCCAGCCUCAUCGUCGAGAACGACGGCUUGAACAAGAGGGUGGCUGGAAUCAAAACGUGUGAUGGGCUUCGUCACUUCGGAGACUUGGUCAUCGUCGCUGCUGGCAGCUGGACUGCAUCCAUCAUUCCGGAAGCUCACCAGACUGUCGAGGCAACUGCAGGAACUGUCAUGUUUGUCGACAUUCCAAAGCACCGACAGGACCUCUGGAAGAAAUUCCACCCUGACAACUACCCCGUCUGGUCUUAUCGCAGGGGAGAAGGGGAAGAACAUUGUGCUGACCCUCAUGCUAGUUACUACCAAGGCGGCGGAUUCCCCAUCUCCAAGGAAGGGAGACUCAAGUUUGGCUUUCGGGGCCGUAAAUUCACCAAUUUCCAAGCUCACCCAACACAGCCAGACCUCCGUAUUUCCACUCCACGAACAAAGUACACGGAGAAGCGCAUCAACACGGUGCCUCUGUACGGCCUUUCGCGGAUGAAGGAAGUCAUUGCUCAGGCAUUUCCUGAGUUGGCCGAGUUUGGUUUUACAGACAGCAGACUAUGCUGGUACACUGACAGCAUUGACAACGACUACGUGAUUGAUUACGUGCCGGGAUAUUCCGACUCCCUCUUCAUCUGCACAGGAGGCUCUGGACAUGCCUUCAAGUUUCUCCCAGUGCUCGGAAAGCAUGUCAAGAAUCAAAUCGAGCGCGUCCCUGACCAGUUCACACCUGUCUGGAAGUGGCGAGUUGCCCAGCAGGGCAAGCCGAACAACGGUUUGUCAGAGGGAGAGGAUGGCCCGAGAGAGAUGUCCAAGCUCGAGAUGGCUUCAGGUAGGUGCCUCUGA